CAACAUCCUCAAGGACGCGUGAAAAGUCAAAUGUUUUUUGGUCCUGUUGACUUUCCAUAUUCACCAACCAGCAGCAGUUAGCUGGUACGCGUUCUGCCCUCUUUCCGCAGCUGGACCGAUAUAACCGCUUUGUUCCUCAUGUCAGCCAGGGCUGCUGCGAACCGAGCUGCUAACGGCUGAAGCGAUGUUUGUGAGAUGCAGCUGAAGUGCUGUUCGGCCUGGCAAAGAUGACGUUCCGACCGAGCCUCGGUGAUGUUCCUCUGGCCGCUGGAGGUGGAAGAUGGACACCGAGGACGGGUGGACAACAGAACUAAUUGCUGACGAACUUCGAAAUCCGUAGAUGCUUUGGUGCACGAUGGGAGAAUCGGUUCUUGUACUGAUCUAGCCAUGAGUAGGAGUGAGCACACCAACACCAGGCAUGUUCCUGUGGCCCUCACUCCCCAGCUCCCUCUCAGAGCCCAUCGGCCCCUGUGUGCGUCGGUCUCCUCCGACAGCAGCGGCCGCUUCAAGGCUCUGGAGACUCAGGAGUGGAAGAACAACCUCAAAGCUCAGAUGGAGCUGGCCCAUAGUGCAGGAGCGGCCAGCAGCACAGGUUCCCUGGAGCGAGCCUCCAUGUUCUGCGCGUUGGCAUCAGCCUCUCUGUCCAGUCCUGGCCUGCCCAGCCCCCCCGUGGAGACCCUCAGCAAGAGCAAAUCCUCCAGCCGCUUCUCUCUCUUCUCCCCUCCGUGGAACAGCAGCUCUGAGUCUGACUCCAACCCACCAUCUCGCUCAGGCUCCAAGAAGCUGCGCAACUACAGCCGGAGAGCAGCCACGGGGCCGGCAGGGGCCCGUGCCUCCGAUGUGCUUGAGCCCAAACGGAGCGGCCCCGAACACUUCCAGUACUCUGAGCCAGUCAUUUCCAAAGUGACGGACUACAUCUACGUGGGCAACCUGAACGCGGCGUACAAUGGCCGCACGCUGUGUCGCAACAACAUUGACAGCAUCAUCGACAUGAGCAGCGCGCCCGGAGAGCCGGCCCCCUCCCUCAGCCUCAUCCCCUGCACCUGCUCCCGCAGGUCCCGGCACAGCUGGUCCCGCCUCAAGGUGGACAUGGGGGACAUGCCGGACACGCUGGACGAGCGGCCGGCUCUACAGCACUGCUGCUUUGAGGACAUCAACGAGUGCAUAAACGCAUCCACGGAAAAGAGGAAGCGCGUGCUGGUUCACUGCCGGGACGGGUUCUCUCUAGCGCCUAUGUGCAUCAUCCAGUACCUGAUGGUGAAGCAGAACAUGAGGCUAAUUGCUGCUUAUGAGCUGCUGAGAGCCAAGUACCCAGUCAACAUCAAGGAGUGUCACCAGAACGUUCUAGUGAGUCUGGAGCGAGCCCUGUGGCCCAGUGGAGAGGUGGACCCUGAGUGCUUCAAACAGGCUCUGUCCCGCAAGCUGGCCUGGACAUGAUGGCUUCCUUCACCCCCCCGUCUGCCUGGCUGCUCCUUCUGUUGCUUUCUUUCUUGGGUUGGUAAAUGUUCCACUGAAAAGACUACAGGCAGCUCUACUUGUCCUUCUAGAUAUUACUGCACUUUCUUUUAAUUUAUUUGGUGAAGAGAAAUCAUUUCCACGUGUUUCUUUAUCAAAUAUUUAAAUGCAUCUGGUAACAACAACUUUGAAUGCAAAUGCUGAACAUUUUGCUCUACCCCUAGUGUUUCGCCAAUUUGUUUGCAUCCGACUUACUUUCAAAGUCUACGUGACCCAUCAAAAUUGCUCUAGUCGUUGUUUUUCAUUGUCAGCCUAUCUUGUCUGAUGUAUCAGACGCGCUUCAUGCGUCAAGCACUUCACAUCGUGUUGCACUAGACGCUUGAAACAUGACACGACGGGUCAUCGACGCGCCUCCACAUAGACUUAGAAUGUAAACCAGACACGCCUGACGCUCAAAACACGUUUGGUGUGAACGAACCAUUACAGUCAAUAUAAAAUAAUUAAUAAAGAAACUGAAAGUGACAAAAACAGUAUGUUGACAGUAUGUCAAACAUGUAAAUACAAUCCUUCUUUCAGAUGGUUCAGAAAGUGCAGUUAAGAAUUAUAAAUUCAGGUUUUCCACCAGAAAACUUACUAAAUCUGGUGGUAGGAGUGCUACGGCACUACUGUAUUUUUUAGUGAAAAUUGUUUAAAGUUGACAGAAAAUCUGAAAAUAUCACAAGGUCACAUUGUGUUAUUGGAAUCCAUUAUUAAUACCUAAACAGCAGCUACAAAAUCUUAAAAAGGCAAACAUGAAAAAACCCUACUGUAAAUAAACAAACAACACUUAGCCUGUUGGCGGGUCAGUAAAACCUAGUGGCCCGGCAGGCUGAUCGUACAUUGAGGAAAACCCUGAAAUAUGACGUAAAAUAGAGCAUGAUGUUGCUCAGGGCAUAAAGCAUAGAACUACAUUGAGUAGAUCUGCCCUCAUGGUUCGAGCACAUUGUGACUUCUAGAGUCUUUUUUUAACCAUCGUAACUGAUACAGACAUUGACAUCGGACCGGUGCAUCUCUAAUUAUGACUUUGUUUUUCACCCUUUCUGUUCAGGACUAGCAUCCACAGCUGCUUGGCUCCAUGGUGUUUUAUCUGUAGUCGUACAGUGGAUUUAUGUUCCUGUUUCUGUUCUACAUCAUGCUAAUGUUCUGUUUUUCUAUGUCAGGGUAAAAUCUUUCAGUGAGCUAACUCAGGAGACUGUUGAUGUCAAAGCAAUGCGGCAUUUACGUUGUUCUUUAGCGACAUAGACGCCUCAGAAUACAGGUUUGGACACUGAUCUUGGCUGAAUUGUGUUGAUAACCGGAAGUGGAGUCAUACGUUCACAGAGCAAAACUAAGGUUAUGCAGAUGUGGAAUUCAUUUCAGACAUUUAUCUGAGAUAUUUCAGAUGUAGUCAUCAUGCCAGUAGUUGACCUGUUAGUUAUUUACUGUCUGGUUCUGGCGAUGUGAAUCAGUGGUUCCCAACCGUUUUUGCGUCAGUCUUGGUAAAACCUUUAGCUUGAAGUGGCUAGUCUUGAUAACUUUAGUUAAAAACUUAAAGCUGAGAUUGCUAUGAAUGAUGCUCAGCAGAAAGAAAUUUGACAUUUCCAUAAUUUUUUUGGACUCUUCUUAUUUCCAACAUAAGUAACAUCUUUUAUGGUCUAGUUGCAGGCAAAUGUAUCUUUUUUUUCUUUCAUUUGAAUUAUUCUCCCUAAUACAAAUUGUAUAAAGAAUUUAAUUAGUACCAAAAACACCUAAAACAAAAACUGCAUUCCUGAUGGCAUUUACAGCAUUCCUGAUAGCCAUGUAAUUGUGUUAGACAUUGAUUUGUCCAGGGACAGAUUGCGUUCAGACUGCCUAACUGAUUCAGGUGUUCAAGGCCACCUGACAGUGUUUCCAAAGAAACCGUUCCUUCUGCGUCUUAACCCCUGUCCACACAGGAUCAGAUCACUCGAAACACACGUCAGCGCCAGGUGGCAACAAGGCUGAAAAUUAAGUUUUAGGUGGUAGAAUGAAACAACAAAUUUUAUUCUAAACUGCAGUCAUCAAUUUCACAGAAGAGCUCUGGAUUCAAUACAUUUGAAAGAGACUCAGCUUUUUAUAAACUGUGUGAUUAUGAGAGCUCAAUGCUACGCCUCCACAAGAUGCCGCCCCGGGCUGUUCCUCAAAUCAGAAACCGCCACUGCCCAUUCCAACUUUUGUUUUCAUGUUAUGCAUGGUAUGAAAUCUUACAGUAGUUGCAUUUCCAUAGAGCAUGCAAUUGAGCAAUUUCACUUUUUUAUUAAAUAAUGGAAUCACGAUAAUUUUGAAAAUACUCUCAAUUUUAUCUUUUUUUUUUGGCUGUAUCAAAAUUGGUUUAUUUCACAAAACUGCAACAGAAGCAUGUUUUUUGAGCAACAACCACUGGUGCAAACCACAAAGAUGAUGACAGGAAGUAGUUGAGGAUGAUGGCAGAGCAUGGUUUUUAAUAACUUAUCACGUGAACAAACUUAUUCACAUGUGAUUCUAAUUGUGCUUCUUAUGUAAUGGAAACAACAUAAUUACAAAAUUGUAAUUUACAACAUUGAGAAAAUUUUGCACACAUUUGUAAAUGAAACACAGCUAGCUUGAAUCUCACAUUAGCUCACAAACUGAAAUCUCACUCCAAGAUACUUCAGGUUCAGUGUGUGAAGAGUGAGACAGAAUUUAUGACCCAGUCAGUCACAUUUCACCAACUGGUCGACUACUGUGAGGCCACAUGAGUGAUGAUCCUGUUUGGAAGUCAGCUGUUCUUCCUGAUAUCUAUGAGUUUGGAUUUCAUUGGACUUUGAGUUGCUUCCAAACCUAGCUUUAAAUAUUCCACAUGUUGCAUCUCAUUGAACAUGUUUUCUUUGCUGGGCCUGUCUUUGUCUCCUGAAGGAAGAUGUGUGGUCUGACCCAUUCUCUGUGUGUCACAGUACCAGUUCAUGUGCAGCCACUUCUUUUCUCCAUGUUCCACAGCGUUGUUUGGUUUUGCUUUGUCUGUGCUGAUAACUAUUUUCUAUUGUUUAAUUUUUACUUUUCAGCUGCAUUUAAAUCUAUACCAAUAUUCCCAACUGCCGUAUUAGUUGGGAAUAAUACUAAUACGUAUAAUAGUGUUAUUGCCUUAACACUAACCAGGUUAAGGCAAUGAAUCAGCAAUCUAGACUUGCUUUUGUUUGGUCACUUCCUUUAAUGGUAAAAAUAAGUUCUGCCCAUUUAAAUGCUCUAGUUUUUUAAAAUGUUUUUCCUGUAUUUAUUUUUAAUGGGAUGCACCUUUCCACAAAUGUUUUUGAGUGUAUCUUUAACAGAGGGUGAGAUGAUGAUCAUAUAAACUUUGGUCUAUGUUUUUGACCUCUUACGAUUAGAAUACGAUAGUUUUAGAACCUGUUCAACACAGUGCCACCUGUACUUUAAACCUUACAACUUGAAAGCAGAUGCACUAACUAAAUCACGGACAGUGUGGUUCUUAUUUUUGUCUCCUACGUAGGUUUGAAUUUUUAAAAAAAAAUCAUAUUUUGGCACCAGUAGAUCUACUAAGCCUGACAGUCAAAACACAAAUCAAAAUCUGCAUUUCCACUGUUGUAAAAAUCUAGUCUAGUUUUAGUAAAAUGAAAUUUACUCUUCAAUAUAUGAAGUAAUGGUGUUUAAAAAGAGACCAAUCAACUGGAAUAUCAAACACAAAAUAACAGCAAAUCAACAUAAGAACACAUAGUUCCAUUUUAGACUAAAUGUUAGCGUCCCUACAGGCCUUAUGCCAAACUGCAAACUGGACUCAACAUUUGCAGACAAUGUAUUGAAACGAUGUUUUCAAAGUUUAAAAUUCAGGACUGAUGCUUUGAACUAGGAGUGGACCAUAUGGACUAGAAAAUUAUCGCAAUAUUUUUUGGGACUAUUGUGAUAAGAAAAAAGAGUGAGAAAAAUAUUAAUUGCCUCGUUUUUAUGGCUCUGAAUGCAUGGAACAGCCUUCAAAGCAGCACAAACAUGGAUCUUGGAAAACAUUCCCCUUUGAAAUGGGCUACUUCUUAAUCACAUUUACCUACAUAAGUGUGAUUAAGAUUAAACUGCAUGUAGUAACUGGAUCAAAUCAAUUUUCCGAUAUUAUUAGAAAGUAUCAGAUUGGAACAAACAGUGGAGAAAAUAAUAAAAAUAACCUUUCUGAUAAUUUUUUUUUUACAAUAAA